AUGAAGGUCCUCUGCGUUGCCGAGAAACCGUCCAUUUCGAAAGCCGUCGCCGGCCAUUUGGCAGGACGAAGCCCUGAAGUCCACAACACACGUUCUCAAUACAUCAAGAACUAUGGCUUCGACUUCGACUUUGGCGCCCCAUGGGGUUCGUGUGGUGUCACCAUGACGGCCGUUCUUGGCCACCUUACGGAACUCGAGCUUACGCCAGAGAACAAAAACUGGUCGCACCCGCCACCAGAGAGCUUGUUCAGUGCACCAGUCGUGACCGUAGUACCUCAGGACAAGAAAACCGUUGCCGAGAACAUUGAGCGGCAGGCUCGAUACUGCCAACUUCUCGUCAUCUGGACUGAUUGUGAUCGAGAGGGAGAGCAUAUUGGGAAAGAAAUUGUCAAUGCUGCCAAGAAAGGUAACAACCGAAUCACCGUCAAGCGUGCCACUUUCAGCAACAUCGAACGAGCCCAUAUUCUCACUGCUGCCCGACGCCUCACCGACCUUGAUCAGAAGCAAGUCGACGCCGUAGAUGCGAGAAUAGAGCUGGAUCUUAGGAUUGGGUAUGCUUUUACGCGUUUCCUGACCAUCAGCCUUCGUCCCCUGGGAGGUGCGCUGCAGGAACGAACAAUUAGCUAUGGCUCUUGCCAGUUUCCGACUCUAGGAUUUGUCGUAGAUCGGUACUUCCGGGUUCAGAACUUCGUCCCCGAACCGUUCUGGAGCAUCAAGGUCAUGCACUCCCGCGAAGGCAAAAAGGUCAACUUCAACUGGUCACGAAAUCGCCUCUUUGACCGGAUGUCCGUUGUCAUUCUCUACGAGCGCUGCAUCAACGCGAAAAAGGCCAAGGUCACAAAGGUUCAGGAGAAGCCAACAAAGAAGUGGAAACCUCUGCCUUUGACCACUGUCGAGCUGCAAAAGGCAGCAACUCGUCUCCUCCGGAUGAGUGGUCAACAGGCCAUGACAGUCGCCGAGGGUCUCUACAAUAAGGGGUUUAUCAGCUAUCCCAGAACCGAGACAGAUCGUUUCGACAAAGGCAUGGACCUCAAAGCACUAUGCAGGAAGCAGACGCCUGAUUCUCGAUGGGGAGAAUAUGCGCAGAGCCUACUAGAUGACAACUUUUGUCAACCGCGAGAGGGGAAGCAUGAUGACAAGGCCCAUCCGCCCAUUCACCCAGUCACAUAUGCGGCGCCCACAGUAUUGAAUGCGGAUGAAAAGCAGUUGUACGAGUACGUCGUGCGACGAUUCCUUGCUUGUUGCUCUGAAGACGCCAAGGGCCUGGCAACCGACGUGGAAAUACUCUAUGGCGAAGAGACAUUCCAUACCCGUGGACUAGUCGUCCUAGAGCGCAACUACCUUGACGUGUUCGUCUACGAGAAGUGGAACGACUCUGCGGAACUACCGAAAUUCACGCCAGGAGAGACAUUUCAGCCUACGGAAGCCUUGAUGACGGACGGCAAGACAAGUCCGCCAGGUUACCUUACAGAAGCAGACCUCAUUGCUCUCAUGGAUGCCAAUGGGAUCGGGACAGACGCCACGAUGGCGGAGCACAUUCAAAAGAUUCAAGACAGAGAGUAUGUCCAGCUAGCUGACGGGGGUCAACGUGGCCAGGAUGGUGACGACGAUGAUGACGACCGGGAUAGACCUCCUUCGCCGCCAGCUAGAGGCGGCCGAGGGGGCCGCGGCAAUCGCGGUGGUCGCGGUGGUCGCGGUGGCAGAGGGGGUCGCGGCGCGUCGUCGACCGGACGGAGAGGGCUCAAGGUCUUCAUCCCGACGCAACUCGGCGUGGCUCUCAUCACGGGAUUUGAUCGCAUGGAAUUCGAAACUAGUCUGGGCAAGCCAUUUUUGCGGAAAGAGAUGGAGAACAAGAUGAAGGCAAUCUGCGACGGGCGCAUGACCAAGGAGGCCGUCUUGCGGGAAAGUCUAGGUCAGUACCGGCAGGUAUUCCGGGACUCGCAAGAACGGCUCAACGUUCUCAAGGCGGUAAGUCGGGGUUCCAUCACUAAGACGUCUACUACACGCGCUGACUUUACCUAG